ACCGUUGGCUGCGCUUGAUUGGGGCGCCUAGCAGCAGCUGCAACAUCCAUUCCUUGGCUUUUGGAAACAGACCCGAUAACUCUGGGCAGGGGAGGCUUAGCAGGGGGGACUUCCUCCAGGUCUGCUAAGCGGGGAUAGAGGUCGGGAAGGCGGAAGGGAUUGGGACUUCUCCGGGCAGUUUAGUUCCAUACCGUCACAACCCCGCAUCUGUAGCAGGUCUGACAGCUUUUGCCCUUCUUGCGGGUGCCAACCUUCUCUUCAGUCAGGGUGGGAGGUUGUACCAAACUCGGCAUCGUGGACCGCAAGCUAUCUUUUAAACAUUUGUAAACUGAUGGUUGAGUGAGCACAAUGAGCAGUGAAGAAGAAACACUGGAGAAACUGGAUGCCGAAUUCGAUCACUAUGUCGUGGACAUGAAGCCUUACGUUUUGAAACUACCUCAUAAAUUAGAACGUCAGAGAUGCGCCCUUUGGAUUAAAAAACUGUGCGAGCCCUCAGGUGCCGGUACAGGGGUUGUUGAUAGAAAGAACCGGAACCUAUAUGCAAAACUUCUGCUGCAUAUGCUGAAGAGAGGUAUUCUAGAAGGCCCCUUUACGCAUAAACCUGAAGCAGGGAUGCUGAAACCCCUUCCUGCAUAUAUGUCAAUCUAUUUUGAUGAACCAAAUUCUACAAGAGUGCCAAGUGACAGCUUGGAAGAUUUACCUGACUGGGUCAUGGGAGAGCUGGGACAAAGUGAUUCUAAACUGGAUGAAUCCUGGAAGCUUUCUUUUAGAGAAGAGUCUGCUUUGGUAACCCUACCGGUUAUACAAAGGGACCAGUAUACAUAUAAUGGAAAAGUAUCAUUAAAAUCACGUUCUAUGAAUCAACCUCAUCAGUCAGAAGAUGACAACUUCUCCUCAAAGACUCAUGAAGAUCAUCGCUCCGGAAAACUUUCAGUGGAUGACAGUGACCUUGAGGCACGUCUCAACAGCUGGAAUCUUGGGCUUGAAAAUCCCAGAUACUUGCGUGAGAAAACUAUACCCCUGUCAUUGAUGUCACCCAAAGUUGGAAUGGGAAAAAACACUUCUCGGGAUGAAAAAUCAUUGUUUCACGUGCAUGAAAGAGAGUUCGAGAUGAAAACAAAAAUGAUGGAAGCUAGAAUUCAUGAAGAAAAGCUAAAAUUACAACAGAAGCAUGAUUCAGAUGUUCAGAAGAUUUUGGACCGAAAGAAUAAUGAAAUUGAAGUACUGAAGGCUCUGUACAAAACAAAACAGAAUGAAGCUGAGGAGACCAUUCAGAAACUUGAAAAAAAAGUUCAGACGCUUGUUCGUGAAUCACAGUUCAUUAGAGAAACUAAGGAAAAACAGAUUGUGGAGCUGAAAAAGUUAUGUGAGCAAAGUACAGAUUCACUAAACAAUGACUGGGAGAAAAAGCUCCAUAAUACUGUGGCGGAAAUGGAAAAGGACAAGUUUGAUCUUCAGAAGAAACAUACAGAAAAUAUCCAGGAAUUUCUGGAGAAUGCAAAUGCACGCCUAAGUAAAAUGGAGGCAGAAUAUUUGGCACAAACCAAAGCAACUAACCAGAUGGUCAAAGAUCUGGAAGCCCGUGUCCAUCAGUUGACUAUGGAAGUUGAAAGCAGCAAUUUGCAGCGUCAGAAAUUAUCUCAAGAGAAGACUAAUCUGGAACAGUUGCAUCAGGCUGUAUGCACUGAACUUCAAGAAGCCAACACAAGAUGCAACUCACUUCAAAAAGAGAGAGAACGUCUUGUACAAGGUUGUGAGCAGGACAUUCAACAGUUACAAGGCAAAUAUGAUGCUGACCUAAGAUUAAUGGAACAGGAACAUGCUCUUUCUGCGGCUAAGGCAUCUGAGGUGAUUGAAGAAUUAGAACAGUGUGUUUCUCAAUUAAAACAACAGUUAGUAGAAUCUGAACAUCAAAGGCAUCAACAGCUGAGGGAUCAAGAACAGACAUUUCUACAGGAGAAAAUUCAUUUAGAGAGGUCAUUAGAAAGCACGGUCAAUGGAUUACAGAAUGACUUUGAUAAAGAGAGAACAGAGUCUCAUACGAUAAUACGAAGACUGGAAGAUAUUCUGAAAGAGAAGGAGGAACAGUUGACUCGGGUGAUGGAGGUACAGAGGCUGCAGGCUCAGCAGGCUGACGCUGCCCUGGAGGAGUUUAAGCGGCAGGUGGAGCUGAACUCAGAAAAAGUCUAUGCUGAAAUGAAAGAGCAGAUGGGAAAGGUGGAAGCAGAUCUAAGCAGAUCAAAAUCGCUUCGUGAAAAGCAGUCCAAAGAAUUCUCCUGGCAGUUGGAAGAACUCAAGCAAAGAUAUGAACAACAGAUAGUAGAGCUGAAGCUGGAGCAUGAACAGGAGAAGACGCACCUAUUCCAACAGCAUAACACAGAAAAGGAUUGCCUGGUCCAAGACCAUGAACGGGAAAUUGAAAAACUAGAAAAACAGCUUCGGGCUGCUAUGACAGAGCAUGACAAUAAAAUUCUGGAAUUCAGGAAGCGAGAUGCGCAGAUAAUCUGUGAUAUGGAAGCCCAGAUCCAUGCGCUGAGAGAAGAGCUUAUUCAGGUGAAUGCUCAGAGAAAACAACAACUCGUCGAACUCAGCCUUAUCAGAGAAGAAGAAAAGCAGAGGACUGCUUGGGACCACGAGGCUGCCAUGAACAAGCUGAGGGCCGACUCCGAAAAGAUGGUGUUAGAUUUUAAAAAGACAAGUGCUGCAGAAACGGAGAUGGCUUUGGAAAAGGCCAACAGCAGGUUGAAGCAGAUUGAAAAAGAAUACAGUCAGAAGUUAUCCAAAUCUGCACAGAUCAUAGCUGAACUUAAGACAACCAUUUCCUCUCUGACAGAGGAAGGCAACCAGCAGCAGCUUGCUGCAGAAAGGCGCCUGCAGGAUGUUUUACAAAGGUUUGAAGAUGAGAAGCAGCAGCUGAUUCGAGAUAAUGACAGAGCAAUCAAGGGUUUGCAAGAUGACUAUUGCAGUCAGGUUCGCUUGACGGAAAAGAAAUUGCAGCACAGAGAUUUUGAGACACAGGAACAGAUGACUUCUAUAAGGCAAGAAUAUGAAGCUAAGCUUAAAGGGCUGAUGCCGGCAUCUUUGAGACAAGAGCUUGAAGACACAAUUAUUUCAUUAAAAUCUCAGGUCACAUUUCUACAGAAAAGGGCAUCCAUUCUCCAAGAGGAACUGAACGCGUAUCGUACCAGAAGGUAACCACUGGAGCCAGCUGAUUUGUCUGAGUCUGAUGGGCUUCUUUCAGCAGGUUUGAAGACGUUGAUCUUGUGAGCUAAUCUGAGAGAUCAGGGACUGUUUUGUAAUAGCAGGCAAUGUAAUUAAGAAUACAAAAGCACAUCCCCCAUUCAUAACAGAAUUUUAAGUUAAUUAUUUGAGUUAUUUUAUCAUUUAUAUUUACAAAUUUUUAUCCUUUUGAUAUAUUCAGUAUUUAUGUAUGCCAAUAUAGUUACUGACAAAGUUCUUUUUGCUUGCUCAUGUUGCUUUCGUUGCUGGCUUCCUGAUGCCGUUUGUUCACUUUUAUGCAUGCUAAAACAAUAAUCACGUCCUUAUAAUAACCAUUAUUGUUAUAUUAUCCAAAACAUUUUGAAAUAUAUCCUACAUUGUUUUCAUGUUCACAUAACAUAUUAUUAAAAUAUUUUUGUACA